UUGUUGGCUCAGUUGAAGUGAUCUUAUCUGUCUGAAUAAUUAAGAGCAGAGCUCAGCACAGUGCAGAAGGGUUGUCUCACGUUGUCUCACAUUCUUUUAAACUUUCUCUUCUCUCGACCAAAUUAUUGCCGUAAAUGUGGAGUCAUGUUGAAGGAAUCUUUUUCAAGCAAUACAUGACUACAUUGCACAUCUGCUACCACAUCUGCUGCAGGUCCCAUUUCAACAUCCUUAGUUUGCAGACGUGUUUCAUUGAAGCAAGAAGAACUGAAGCUUGGAUUUAUCAAUCUGUAUGGAGAUGGACUGCAAUCAUGGAAGUACUUAUCAUUUCUUAUAAAGGCUCUCUGGAUAACGUACUGUGGUACUUUCUUGAUGAUGAGAAGUCGGGAAGGACGGUAAACAGAGCUGUGUUGAUAGCUCAAGAGACACAUGCAGUUAUGUUCAAACGAUUCUCCAUCCAAGCAAUAUUAAGCACUGUUUCACAUUCCUGAGGAUUUAAUAGGUGGUCAAACUGACUUUCUUUGUCUAUAUCAGCUUGAUGUCCCUUUUUCGUCUACUAAGUUACAUGACGCACGUUACAGUUGAUGUUACUAUGACAGAAUUUCUCCCCCCAAAAACUAAGAACAAACAAACUUUUUUUCCAAUAACAGAACACAUGGGAAAGAGUGAAGGAAUGGAAUGUAACCCAAGAUGAACUGCAACGGAAAAGCGACGGAUAGCAGGGGAGUAGUAACUUGGAAAAGACAAACAGUGUUUCAGAUUAGACUUAGAAAAGAGUUUAAAAAGGGAAAAUAAACUAAAAACACAUCUGGUUUUUGAAUCAUGGCUGGAAAAUGCGCAGGACGGUCUAUGGUUUUAUUCUCACUCUUGGCUGUUGUAGUUUCCUUCUCAGGAAUUACUGACGGUUUAGGCAAAAAUAAUAUUGAUGAUGAGUUGGAGAAAAUCACAUUUCAAGGAGAUGGAAGCACCAAUGAGCAUCCGGAAAACUGGCCGGCGAACCUUCACCCUAACCUGUAUUUUCACCAGGUGGACAUACGUUUACUGCAGCAGAGAUCUGCCACGACGCACAGACAUAUUUUUAAAGUUAUCCGGCUUGCUGUUGGGACAAUGCUUGCCUAUACUGCACUCUAUCUACCCCCGGUUAAGCAUGAGGAAUUUUCUAGCAAAUGGAAUGAAAUUUACGGCAACAAUCUCCCCUCUCUCGCUCUGUACUGUUUGCUCUGCCCCAAAGAUACAGCUGCCCAUCAAUUCUUAAUGAGAUACAUGGACCAGAUGGCAGUGUACCCUAACUGGACAGUGACCAGCGCCCCCAACGACGAGGUUCCCAUGGCUCACUCCCUCACAGGAUUUGCCACAGCCUAUGACUUCAUCUACCCUCUCCUGGACACAUCGCGAAAGGCACGCUACAUGAAGAAAAUACGUGCCGCCACAGAGGAGCUGUACGAACUCUCCAAACACAGGGGAUGGGGGAAGCAGUUUUUACAGAAUCAUCAGACUACCAACAUCUUGGCCAUCCUGACCGGCGCCCUCGUGGUGGGAGCACACAGUGACCCGGAGACAAUGAUGUGGAAGCAGGUGGCCGUUAACUACAUGGAAAAGACCAUGUUCCUCCUCAGUCAUGUAGUGGAUGGCUCGCUAGACGAGGGUGUGGCCUAUGGGAGUUACACCGCAAAGUCCAUCACUCAGUAUGUUUUCCUGGCGCGUCGCCACUUCGACAUCGACAACACCCAGAACAACUGGUUGCGGGCGCACUUCUGGUUCUACCACUCCACACUUCUGCCAGGUUUCCAGAGGACAGUGGGCAUCGCUGACUCCAACUACAACUGGUUCUACGGACCGGAGAGUCAGCUGGUGUUCCUCGAUGCAUUUGUGCUCCGGGACGGCACCGGAAACUGGCUGGCCCAGCAGAUCAGGAAACAUCGUCCCAAAGAUGGCCCCAUGGAGCAGUCGGCAGCCCAGCGCUGGGCCACCUUACACACUGAGUUCCUGUGGUAUGACAGUGAGCUCUCCAAGCAACCACCAGCCGGGUUUGGCAAAGCAGUACUGCACAUGUUCUCAAACUGGGGUGUGGUGACUUACGGGGCUGGUUCAUCAUACGGUCAAGGCAACACAUUUGUCUCCUUCAAAUCGGGGAAGCUGGGCGGUAGGGCGGUGUAUGAUAUCGUCCAUUCCAAGCCCUACUCCUGGCUGGAGGGCUGGAGCAAUUUCAAUCCGGGCCAUGAGCACCCAGAUCAGAAUUCCUUCACCUUUGCCCCUAAUGGACAGGUAUUUGUUUCAGAGGCACUGUACGGCCCCAAAUACAGCUACCUCAACAAUGUCUUGACGUUCGCCCCGUCUCCCACAAGCAAGUGCAAUCAGCCCUGGGAGGGCCAGCUUGGAGAGUGCGGCAAGUGGCUGCGGUGGGCGGAGCCUGAGGUCGGCAACACAGCCGGUGAGGUCAUUGUAGCUGCAUCCCACGGGGACUCUCUGUUCGUUAGUGGAGAAGCGGCGUCGGCCUACUCCUCUGUGAUGGGGCUGAAGAGCGUAUACCGUGCCCUUGUCUUGCUCAACUCUCAGACUCUGCUGGUGUUUGACCAUGUGGAAAAAAGCAAGGAGUCUCCGUUGAGUGUUCUGAGUGCUUUCUUUCACAACUUGGACAUUGAUUUUAAAUAUGUCCCUCACAGGGCUUUAGACAGGUACAAUGGGGCACUGAUGGACGUUUGGGAUGCUCACUACCAAAUGUUUUGGUUUGACAGUCAGGGGACUAGUCCAGUGGCGAGAAUACAGGAGGCAGAGCAGGCUGCUGAGUUUAAGAAACGAUGGACCCAGUUUGUCAACGUGACCUUUCCAAUGGAGGGCACGGUCACCAGAGUGGCCUAUUUGAUGCACAGUCCCAAUGUCAAAAUCUCCAACUGCAGAUUCAUCGACAAUAGUAAAAAUGGAGUACGACUCUCGGUUGUCGUCAACGGCACAGAAUCCAUUGUGUCCAUCGUAACAAACUACAAUGACAUUGGUGCCAGAUACAGCUACUUGGGCUUUGGGGGAUAUGCAAAGAUGCAAAGCAGACAUCAGAUAAUCCACUUUGGUCUGGGAGUUCAAACGGUGACUGAACAAAACACUGUGGAUCCAGUCUAUGACUUUGGGUUUAUGGUUAAUAUAGUGGGAGGGCUGACACUGUGUCUCGCCAUUGGGUUUUUAAUCCUGCAACGCACGUUUUAUUUCUGCUUCCGUAAGAUCAUGCGCUAUACUUUAACAUUUGUUCUCCUGCUGUGGGUUGUUGAGUUUCUGUUUGUCUCCAAUAGCUGUGAUUGGCUUGUCUGUGAACAAUCAGUGUCCGAUCUGUCCCCGAACCCUCUCCCCACAGUCGUCGUUACAUCGCUGCCAGGGUCUGGGGCUGAAGUUCUCAAGCCCCUUUUCUAUAACAGCUCUGACUUUGUUUAUCUCCAAGUCCCCACAGAGCACCUAGUCAUCCCGGACACCGAGUUCAACUUUGACCCCCUGGUGGAUGCCUGCGUGUGGUCCAGACUAGAUGCGGAAAGAGGUCACUACAAGGCCAUCCAGGGCUGGUUCCAUUCCUUGGUCUAUAACCCUAGACUUCACCUGCAGAACAUUCGGUUGCACAACGAGGGCAGCUGGAAUGAGAUUGGGGGCGAGCUUCCUGGCAAGAGGAGGAAGCCAAUUCGUAGGCAGUCGGGGUCUACGAAACCGAGGGGGAGUUCAGAUAGAGAUGGGGAGUAUGUUCAGGAGCUAAGGCGGCACAUGGAGAGGUACCCUAAUGCCCGCCCUGUCCUCAGCCUGAGCAGCGGGAGCUGGACCCUGAAACUCCCGUUUUUCCGAGAGGUCGUCGGUCCCUCAUUUCGGGCGGUGCACGUAGUGCGAGAUCCUCGCGCUUGGAUUUACCUUAUGCUCUACAACAGCGAGCCAAGCCUCUACUCUCGCAAGAAUGUGCAAAAACAUGUUGCCGCAAUUUUUAAGCAAGAAAGGAACGGCGGGAGAAGCAAGUGUACAGUAGGGUUCACCCCGGAAUUCUUGACAUUGCACAGCGUCCUCUCUGAUCCAGAGAUGGAGCCGGUGCUGCUACUUGCCCAUCUGUGGCUGGCCCACACAACCACGGCACUCCAGGUCAACGGCGACCUCACCGCCACUUACCUCCAUGUGAAAUUUGAGGACAUUGUGCAAUAUCCUGAGGAGACAGCAGGAAAGAUACACACGUUUAUCGGGGUUCCCGUGGCCCCAGCUGCCCUCAACCAGCUCAUGUUCGCCACCUCCACCAACCUGUACAACCUGGUGUACGAGGGAGACAUAUCGCCAGUCAGCAUCAAUGUGUGGAGAAAACAAAUGCCCAUCCACGAGAUCAGAAUGAUAGAGGACACAUGCUUAACAGUUAUGGAGAGGCUUGGGUACUCAAGGUACUUAAGUUAAUAGCUGCUGUAUGAUAUCCUACGAUGGACACCGUACUUUUGGUUUGUUGACAUGUAUACUUUGUUGUUCUAUAUUUUGCACAUUCCACUAUUAUGUUACUUUUAAUUGUCCAGUCCUUGUUUAUAGACUGGGAUGUAUAAAAUGGAACAGAGUGAUGUGCUCCUUAACACUUUUUUGAAGUUUAUGAUUUGUCUGACUAACGUGAUGUCUUUUCAUCCAAACAGUUGAAGUUUGUUGGCUGGUUAUUUAGCCACGCCCAGAAUCUCCUGGCUAGCAUUUUUGGAGCAUGUAGCAAUGCUAGGGGGACACGAAUUGCUGAUUCAACAUUAAACAAAUCAGCAACCACAGCUAGUGAGAAAUCUGCAACCCUAAACAAAGAGCUGCAGUUUGUUUUAGAAUGGGUGGCCAGUAAUAAACUGGUCCUGAACAUCUCUAAAACUAAAAGCAUUGUAUUUGGUACAAAUCAUUUAGAGAUACUCUGCUUUUUUGACACCACACUCCACAAAGCAAGUCCUGCAGGCUCUAGUUUUAUAUUGUCUUGAUUAUUGUCCAGUUAUAUGGUUAAGUGCUGCAAUUAAGGACCUAAAAAAACUGCAGCUGGCCCAGAACAGAGCGACACGUCUUGCUCUUCACUUGCUCUUCAUCAGAGGGCUAAUAUCAAUAUUUUGCAUGCCAGUCUUGGCUAAAAAUAGAGGAGAGACUGACUGCAUCGCUUCUUGUUUUUUUUAAAGAAACAUUUAUGUGCUGAAAAUUCCAAAUUGUUUGCAUAGUCAACUUACACACAGCACUGACACACACACUUACCCCACCAGACAUGACGCCAGGGGUCUUUUCACAGUCCCCAAAUCCAGAACGAAUUCAAGGAAACAUACAUUAUUAUAUAGAACCAUGAUCGCAUGGAACACCCUUCCAUCUUAAAUAGCUCAAGUGAACAGCAAACCUGGCUUGAACGCCUCUCCCUUAUUUGACCUAAUUAUGUUGUGUGUAUGUACUGAUAGAUGCUACUGACUGUAAAUUGAAUUUAUCAACAUGUAAAUUAUAAAUGUAGGCCUAGAAUAGUAGGUCUCUCUAGAUAUUUUUUCUCAGUAUUGAGUCAGUACAGAACCUUUUAGUUAUAUUUUUUCUUGUAAAUGUAUGCACUUCUGUCCUUGAGCUGCUCUUGUCUAUUAAUGUUCUCUAUUAUGUCAUGUUUUGUGUGGGACCCAAGGAAAAGUAGCUGCUGCUAUCGCAACAACUAAUGGGGAUCCUGAUAAAAUACCAAGAAAAACACUAACAAUUGUAAUAUUGGUGCAUUCAGUCGAUAAUAAUUUAAAACAUAUAUUUUUUGGGGGUGAAAUAUCCCUUUAAAGUAAUUGGAAUACUGGAUUGGAUUUAACAGUGUUAUGUACAUAUUUUGCUACAGUAUAUCAUAAAGCUUUUGUAGACUAUUGUCAAUCACUUGAUUUCAAACCUCACUCUUAUUUAUAGUUGAUUGCAAAAUGUUAAUUUUUUUUCAGUGGUAAGGGGUAAAACCCUGCUUGUAAAUUCAGUGCAGUACUUUUGUCAGAGCAUUGGGGUAUACAACAACCCAGCAGGCUUCUCUUACUGAUAGUAAAUGCAUUUUGCGGAAGAAAAACAUUUUCUCAGCCAGGAUGUGAAUACAGUUAUAGAAAACUUUUUGAAGCAUGCAAAAUAUGCAAUUGUGUAAAUUGAGAAAUUAUUUACAUUCACUGCAAAGAAAGAGCCUUGCCUCAAAUUGCUUUAGACAAGUUAGCAUAAUUUUUGUUGUUACUGUCAUGUAAGUCAUGUCCGAAACACUGCACUACGCAUAGGACAUUAAAUAUCCUUUUCCGAAGACUGUCUUCAUCAGAUAUUUAACAAAGUCACUUUAUUCCAAUACAAUUUGUGUGUGUGCUUCAUGCUGUGAUGUCACAAUAAUUAAAAAGGGGAUUAUCACAAACUAACAAGACUUUUAAAAUAAUCUAAUACAGUUCUUCAGAAAUGGGAUACCUUUGUAGAAUGCGUUGGAUUGUGUUUGUAAGGAGCUUUAGACAUCUUUCUGAAAGAUGUGGAUGUAUUGUAGGCUCAUAGCUUGAGUGCAGCUUAAAGUGAAACUACAUGCAUAAUGCAUCUACAGUAUCGUCACCUGCUGCUUUCGUCCCUUACAAAAAAAGAUAGCAUUUUCGAAAUUGCAAUAAAAGCGCAGUAACUGCAGUCAACUGUGGUAUUUUGGACGCAGUAAUUGCAGAAUAACUGCAGUGACCUCUCAAAAGUACUGCAGUAAAAAAAUAAAACUGUUAUUUUGGAUGCAGUCUUUGUAGCGUAUUGCAGUUAUACUGCACUCUGACUGCAGAUAUGCUGCACUCUAACUGCAGUUAUACUUCACUCUGACUGCAAUCUUUUUUCGUAAGUGUUCAAAUGCAGAAAGCAAUUAAAGGUAAAAUCUUGCAGCAUUAAACUUAAAGAUGCACUAUGCAGAAAUCUCUGCGCCAUUUCCUGGUUGCUAAAAUUUGAAUAGUUUGCCUAAUUUCAGUUUACGUGACAAAACAAGCAAGUAUAGUGUAGAGAAUCAUUCCACCAUCUAAACCGCUGUGAAAUACAUUUUCCAUAACCCCAAAUACUUGUUUUUUCAGCUGUUUGAAGCUUGUGUACAAAACCGAAAGUAAACAAGGCAAAACUUAAGAACGGAAAGCAUAGAAAUAGCACAUGUAAAACAGAUCUGCCACUUCUUAGACUUGCUUUCAAUGAGAAUGACAGAUCUAUAACACAUAUUUCUAUGUGUAUCUGCGGCUUGCCAAAAUAGUUAUGUAUUGCAGCUUUAAGAGGGGAGUGGCUUAUUUAUAAAGCUGUGUAUAUGUGUUUUCGUAAAUAAAAAAGCCUCAAGAACUUGUAGCAGGAGGAAGGUAGGAGAAGUUGAGCGUUGACUGUGUUUGCCAGCAAACUCAUCGAGGAAGAAUCGUGAUGAAAGACACUUUUAUUUACAGAUGGAAAUGAUUACAAAACCAGCAGAGCUCUGGAGCUAUGGGCAUGUGGUUUAUUGCAGCUUGCUGUUUCGAGGUCACCAGUAUGUUAACUCUGUCAUAAUAUAAACACUGUACAUCUAGGGUUCAACAGGACAUUCAGCCUUGCAGUGGGAUACGAGUUUCUGGAAGAAUGGGUGAUUGACAGCAAAAGUGUAUUGGGAAGUUUACAGCUGCUUACAGUAUUCUUGAAACCUUAUAGCCCAAGAAAAGAGCAAUAUGUCCAUCUAGUGUACACAUUAUGAAUUGCUAUUUGUACAAAGCUCCAUGUGUCACAUUUAAAUAAAAACAUGUUUCAGUCA